UUUCUUUUGGAUACCCAUCCUAUAUAUUUAGUCUUUAUGUCUCAUUACCGAAAAAAGAAAAAGAAAAGAACAAACACAAUAGCUAAGAGUGCAGAGAAACUUCCGUGCACGCACUUGAUCAAAAUUAAACAAAAACUAUUAAAUUGGACCUUUUCUUCAGUUAGUAUAAAUAAACGUGCAUCAUGUGGGGCUCUGGAUAUGCAUAGAUUAGUAAAGGCACUCUUCUUUCUUAGCCUUUUAUUGGGGGAAAGAACACAGCUUGGUCUCUUGGAAGAGAGAGAUUUCUAGUGAAAUACGAUGUCUCAGGUGACUGUCUCGUAGUAUGUGGACACAUUGUUAAAACAUUAUUUUUUUCUUUUGUUUUGUUUUCUUUCUUCUUUGAGAGAGGGUCUUACUUUGUUGCCCAAGCUGGAGUGCAGUGGCCCCAUCAACACUCACUGUAAUCUUGACCUCCCAGGUUCAAGCCGUCCUCCCACCUCAGCCUCCUGAGUAGGUGGGACUAUAGGCAUGUGCCACCAUACCUGGCUAACUUUUUUUUUUUUUAAGAGGUGAUAUCUUACUGUAUUGCUCAGUUUGGUCUCAAACUCCCAGAUUCAACUGAUAACUUCUCCUUGGCCUCCCAAAGUGUUGGAAUUACAGGGAUGAGCCUCUGUGCCUGGCCUAAAACAUUCUGAUUUACUAUAACUGACAGUCCAGUGUCUUAACCCAAAAUUACUUCACGUUAGGGACCUACCUUUUAAAAUAGUGCAUUAUUGGUGAAUUUUGCCAUCACAGGCCUUCAGUAUUAUGUGAAGCAUCGUAAUGCAAAAUGUGAAGCAAGGAGCAGGAUUGUUUGAAAAUGAGCUGGGUAUUUACUUGAGUUGCUUCAACAAGGAGCCAUCUGGUACUAUCCCUCCAUUCCUUUCUCCCAACAGGAUUAUCUGCAUUCAGGUUUUGCUUAUCUUUAAACUAAUGGCUUCCUUCUCACCACUAUAAGCAUCUUGUUUUCUCUAGAUGCUUGGUAGGUGGAGUUUCUAGCUCUCGCCAAAAUUUAGAAUGCUUAGUGCCAGGUAAUCUGUUUGUUCCUCCACUGUUACACAUUCUUGUACUUUGAGGGAUUGCAAACAGGAUAAUAUGUAAAGACUGGCUUCAUUAGAAAUUAGAGGAUAUGUAGCUGUUCAUGGUGGCAUGCACUUGGGGUCUUAGCUACUCAGGAGGCUCAGGUAGGAGGAUCACUUGAGCCUGAGAGGUCAAUGGUGCAAUGAGUCUUGAUCAUGAGACUACUUCAGCCUGGGCAACAAAGUGAGACCAUGUCUCAAAAGAAAGAGUGGUGGGGAGACGAGAGAGAGGGAGAGGAAGAGAGAAUUAUAAUGAGUUAUACUAAGCAGGCAAGUUUUGUUUUGUUUUGUUUUGUUUUGUUUUACAAAACAGCUUCUGCCAUGGCGAAAAUAGCCCUUCCAGAAGACCAUGUCUGUUUAUUCUCAACUGUUACAGGCUGUGCCGAGACUGUAGGUCAUUAGAAGACCUGCACAUCUCAAGAACUUAACUUUUUCUGGUCCCUCUUUCUUUGGCUGAUGAAGUAUUAUGACUUCAGAAUCGGAAUAUGAUCUGAGGGUUGAUUGUAUGACCAGAAUGUUGGCAUUCACCAGAGGUCAUCAAGAAGAGGAGGGUUCUGAUGUGAGAUGUGCCAAAUUGUGGCCUAUAAAUCGACUGUGUUGUGAUUCUGUGGCGACUUCCUUAGUGCACUGUUGAUGUUAACUUGUAACCUUUCAAGCAUUCUUCUGCUUUGGAGAAGGGGAUUUUUAGUUUACUUGGCAUAAGUUAAAAUUUAGGGAAGAUGGUAUCUGGGGUGUUUUCUGUAUUCAAAGGACAUUGCAGAAUAUGUACCACUUAACAGAAUAAUUAGAUGAGCUUUAGCAACUGCUUAUUAAAAGAGGUGACUAGUGCAUGACACCCAAAAGAAGAAAGAACUGAAGAGGUUUUAGUUGUACAAAGAGCAGAAACAGCAUCUGCUCAAAAGGAUUGUAGCAUCCAGAUGGAAAAAAAAAAGUUAAACAGUAAGAGAUUGUGUAAAACCUUGUUGAGAAUAUACAUAUGUCUUUGUGACAGAUGAAACAUUUCAAUUUUAAGCUUUAAAUGGGAUUUUUUAAGUGAGAGGAAGAAACAGAUCUUGGUACACAUAGGUGGGAAAAUUUACAGAUGUGAAAACAAUUUGAUAAAAAGCUAACUUGAUUGGUGCAGAGCUAAAAAGAACACAAAGUAAUUAUAGUGGGACUGGAUAAUGCAGGGAAAACCACCAUUCUUUACCAAUUCUUAAUGAAUGAAGUGGUUCAUACUUCUCCAACAAUAGGCAGCAAUGUUGAAGAAAUAGUUGUGAAGAACACUCAUUUUCUUAUGUGGGAUAUUGGUGGUCAGGAGUCCCUGCGGUCAUCGUGGAACACAUAUUACUCAAACACAGAGUUCAUCAUUCUUGUUGUUGAUAGCAUUGACAGGGAACGACUAGCUAUUACAAAAGAAGAAUUAUACAGAAUGUUGGCUCAUGAGGAUUUACGGAAGGCUGCAGUUCUUAUCUUUGCAAAUAAGCAGGAUAUGAAAGGGUGUAUGACAGCAGCUGAAAUCUCGAAAUACCUCACCCUUAGUUCAAUUAAGGAUCACCCGUGGCACAUUCAGUCCUGCUGUGCUCUCACAGGAGAAGGGUUAUGCCAAGGUCUAGAGUGGAUGACCUCCCGGAUUGGCGUGAGAUAACUUUUUUGCUUGAAAGAGACUGCUCUAUUUAUUCUGUGACAUGAACAUUUUUUCCUAGUACCUUUGGCUGCUAAGGCAGCAGCAUGUUUAAUUUAUAACAACACAAACCUCUGAGAGCAACACUUGAAUCAAGUGCAGCUGAACAUGAAAGAUUUUUUCUUAACUUUUUUUUAACGCACUAAUCUUCAGUUGGAUGAACAUAAUGUAUAACUAUGUUUUCAGCAACAAUUUUUCUGUUUAUUCUAAUUAUUCAGUGACUGCCUUGUAAGAAAUGUUUGUCAUAUGUGUAAUGUCUUCUGAAAUAUUGUUAUGACCAUAAUGACCAAUUGCUUUCAAUUCUUGACCACCACUUCCUCCUAACCAGAGAAUUACUGGUUUGAUAGAGUAGUCGUGGAAACCAUCAGGUACUGCUUGCAAACUUCUCUGGCACUAAACAGUUGUUCCCUGUAUAAGCCAUUCAUCUAUCGGACAGAACUUAACUAUAAAGAAAGAAAUCUACCUUGAGGAUAUAUGUAAGGAAGAUAUUACAUCAUGAGUAAUUGACUUUUAACUUUGCCCUCAUUACUGCGAGUCAUGGAAUAAUGUUUAAGUUAUUUGCAUGGAAAUUAAGUUGGCUGUUUAUUUAUCUAAAGGAAUCAAGUUCACUCUUCUGUCUACAACAUUUGGUCAAAAACGAAUUAAGGUAAAAGAUUUAUUUAAAAGCCCAGCUUUGAUGUUAAAUAUUCUUGAAUAAAUCUGAUAUUCUCAGAACAUCACAUUAUUCAAUGCACAUAAAACUAUCGAAAUUUAGUAAAGCAUACCAGCACUAAAAAUAAGACAGUUGGAAUAUAUUUUAGUAUCAGUUUAUAAACAAUUUUAUUAUCAACAGAAAUUUUAGCUGUUUUCUUUGCAAGAUAUAUCACAACUGCUUUGGGCAGUAUCUAAAGUCGAAGUAUGAGGAGUCCAUUUUGUAUCUUAAAAUUUUGUGUCUGUCAUAGCAUUUUUACCACCAGCAGUGUAUUACUUUAAAAACUACAUGGCUUUCCUUGAAUUUAUUUGACGGUAUUAUGUAAUAGACUUGAAACAGUUGAUAUCUUUGUAGUUAUGCCUUGGGUUCUAAAAUCUUAUAGGAAACUGCUGAAUUUAAUCCUAGCUUUUAGAAUAUUAAUAUGAAACUCAGAGUUAAUAUUCUUAACAACAUAUAAAUUAAAAAGAGAAAGUCAUAAUCUAUCAAAAGUUUAUUGGAUGGCAUUAAAAGGUUUUUGAGGCAGUUGUCUAAUAUGAACAAUAAUCUAAACAGUAUAUUCCUUAAAUGAAGAGGGAAGGCAAGUGUUGUAUUUCAAUCCUGUUUAUUCAAAUGCAUAAUUUUGCUGAAACAAAAGGGAUAAAAUGAAUAUAUAGAGGAUAUAAAAAUGAUACAAAUAAUCAUUUUUGCAGUAUUUAAAAAUUUUGAUCAAAAAUAAGAUUCAGUGUUCAUAAUAUCAAAAUAUAUGUUCAAAAUUGGCAUUUUAAUUUUAAUCUUUUUUAUUUGUAAGUUGAUUUAAAUUUUGCUGUUUUUUCUGGUGUAUUAUAUUUAGUCAAAUUAAUUUAGUCGAAUGUGGUAACAUUUUUCUGGUUUAUCUUGAAUUGUAGCACACCCUUGAACUCAACAAUGGCCAGAGGAAAGCUUUCUGAGCUUUGGAAAGGAGCUGUUUAACUUUGUUUUCUUAGUGAUUCUACAUCAAAUAGAUUAUAAGUUUAGUUUAACUUAGUUUAGUUUUUAAAUAACCGUUAAGAACAUGAGUAAAAAGCAGACAUCAAUCAAUGUGGAUGCUUUGUGGUGUGUGUGGGGUGUGGGGGAAUUAAGAAGAUGCUGUUUACCUAAGCACAGUUUGCCUGAAUUUCUACUUGGCUAUAUUGUUUACCAUAAGUACUGAGGAUAAUUCUCAUAAGUCUGUCUUGAGAAAAAGCAUACUUAAUAUUCCUGUAUUUGUUCUUAUGGAAUGGUUAUCUGCCUUCUUGUAUCGAGUAGGAUUGGCUGGCUCAAUUUUCUUCUGUCAAAUUAUAUGGUUAUUUUUUAUAUUACCACAUCAGCAUUAUAUUAAAAGUGUUUUUAAUAGUUGAUUGUAUUUUGCCAACUACUAGUACAGACUCAAAUUUGCUAUUUAAUUUUUAAAAUACAAUAUAUUUUCUAAAUCCUUUAAUAAAUAUUUGGUUAGUUUUGGAUUAGAAAUGAUUUAUGUUAGCCAUGUGUUGAAGAUGAAAUUGGCAUCAGUGUAAAGUGUUCUGAUUGGGAAAGUUAGUGAUUAGCAAAUUCAUGUAAGACUUUUUAAGAGUAUUUUUUAGGUUUUCACUCAAGUCUUUCCUGUUACAGUAACAUGAAAACUGAUUAUUUUGUACUCCAAGAGAAUGUUUUAACCCAAGCAAGUAUCUAAUCCUAGAGCAUUGAUUCUGACACUCAUUGUCAGAAUCAUUAUAAAUCAGUGAAUUAUAAGACGCUGUCUGAAAAGUGUACAUUUGUAAUUAGUGCCUUUAUUCAUAUUUUGAAAUAAGUUCUCAGUUUUAUAUUGUACCUGUUCUUUAGAAGUUACAUUAGCAGCUAAUUAUUUCAGUGAUGAAAUAAUUUGUGUUUCAUACCCCUCUUCACCUCCACGUAUUGGCUAACACAGUUUAUAGUAAGUGAAAAGCAAGAGACCCACUUACAUUAAUAUUACCUUCAGGAAGGAGACUGUCCUACCUUUUACUUUUAAUUUGAAAAUGAAAGAAAUUAAAUUUUAACUGAAAUCUUUAAGUAUGUUAUAACCAAAGUGUACAAUUAUCCUUGCAAGUUCAAGUACAACAUUUUUCUUAAUUUUGAGCAUGUCAUGUCCUUCAUUCGUCUUUAAUUAAACCCAUCAUUCUUAUUGAAGCCCAUUUGAGAACUUUUAGAAUUAAUAAGACCUUUUAUAAGGGAAUAUACUGAAUAUUUUUUAUUGUUAAUGUAACUAAUUCCUUAAAACCUGGAAUAUUAAUAUAUAUAAUCUAUUAAAACUGAAGAUUAAAUAUGUAAUUUUUGCUUUUAGUUUGUGUUAGUAUACUUAAAGAUAUCAUUACUUUUAUUCUAUAUUCAUUAAAGGAAAGGUAAUAAAUUCAUGACUCAUUGCUGAAAAUUUUUAAAUGGGUGCCACCCCAUAUCCAUAGUCAUUUUGAUUAAGCAUAAUUAAACUUUCAUUAUAACGUAAAGAAAAUAAUUAGCUUACUGUGGAAACAGUGAUAGGCAGUGCCAUAAACAAAAUUCUCUGAAAAGUUGUGGAAGUCACAAAGAAAAUCUUAAAGAAGAUAGAAGCUUUAAAAAAAAAAAAAAACCUUUUUAGUAUAUUUUUUAGGACAAACUAUAAUUGUUCUGAAUGAUCAAUUUUUAUUUAGUGCUUAACUAUGUAAAACUCUAUCAGUAGAAAAAUGUACUGGUGUCUUAUGUAAAGAUGGAUAAAUUUUGUUGGAAUUUAUCUUUGGAGACCAACUUUACAAGGCUGACUUUUCAUUUAUGGCUUUGGAACCAAAAAAACCUAACUCUAAUUCAAUUCUAAAGGAUAUUUUACAUUUUGCCUGGGUAAAGUGACUUCAAGAUGCAGCAUGGUAUCUUGUAUCUAGUAGAAUAUUGUGCUGGCCAUCCAAAAACGUGGAUUCGAGCCUUGAUUUGGCCAUUUGUCAGUUGUCUAGUUGACCUUAGACAAUUAGUGUCCAUGGCUUUGCUUUUGUUUUUCCCAUAUGGAGGAACUUAAACUACAACUCUAAAAUGUCUUUUGGUUUUAAAUUUCUUAAUUCUUACAUGCUAUUAUUAAAAAUUAAAAGUCUCCCAGAUUGUAGGGAAAUGCAUGUAAUAUGAAAUUAAAUGUAUUUUUAUCCAUUAUUUGAUUCCCACCUAUUAAUUUAUUUAGGAUAUGAAUACAACCAAGUAGGGAGCAACUGCUAUUCAACUUAAAUUCAGCAAAUAGCUAAUGACAAUGCAAAAGAGAAAACAAGCCAUAUUGCUAAGAAAAGGAUAGUAAGCUGCUUAGACAGAACCAGCCUGGGUUGGAAAUGAUUCUCUUCUAGAGAAUUUACCUUAUUUUCCUGGCUUGUACUAAUUGAAUGGAAGUGGUUGCUUUGUUCAAAGUUUAUUGCCUUUUGAUGCCACCCCAAACUACAGUUCUGUUUGACUUUCCAUAUUGAAAGAGUAGGGUCAGUAGCCAGGAUGUUAAUAUUUUACAGAUAUCUACGUAAAUCUGAGAGUGAUUUAUAGUCAAGGUUAGUUUUUCAGUACUGUCUCAUCCUUAUUCAUUCACUAUUACUGUGAAGACUGAAAUCCAAAAGCCGAGUUUCCCCAAAAAGUAUUUUUUAAGAAUUCUAGGUGACCAAAAUAAAUAGAGGAAGGUCAGUAUAAAAAAUAUGUCCAACUGUUUCAUUUUAAAUUUAAAGUAGAAAAAAAAUUGUGUCCAUCAGACGUAAAGUCAGCUUUAAAUGUAUGUAGUUUGGUGAAAUGUUUGGGAAAUAUUAAGUUGGUGGGAGACAUACUGAAAAACAAAUUCAAAGCCCUAGAAAGUAAAGCAAUAAUACCAUGGGGUUCAAAAAUCUUCAAAAGGACAUCAGGUAAGAGAAAAUGUGAAUGAAAGCAAUGAAUUUCUGCCUCUCCCCUAUUUAAGGCACUUAAAAUUACAGCAAAUACAAUCUUUUUACUCUAGAGCUAGAUGGCCUAUAUUAUUUUUAAUAUGGCCAAAGGAGUGAAGACUGACUAGGGUUUUAGAAUUUGGAAUUGUAAUCACAUAAAGGAAUCUUUUGCAUUUUUUAAAGCAGUAACCUACAUUUUCUCCUGGAAAUGGAGAAAUAUAAAAUGUGCCGUGCAUAGCUUUUGGAAUAGAAAACAAAGUUUUAAAAGAAUGGAAGUGUUUUCUUGCACAACUUAUAAAAUUUUAAUUAAAAAAUUACCUCAUUUUCAAUCCAUAAGGUGCUUUGUUCAAUUUUGUGGGAUGUUGUACCAUCUCAUAAAAACCCCCUUCACCCAACCUGUAUUUGAAAUAUGCAAAAUACAUAACUAAGGAUGGCAUUCCUUGGAGAUUUUGUUUUGCUUUACUCUUGUUUACCACCAGCUGCACCAACAUGGUAGAUCUAUCAGAUUCACAUACAGUUUUUAUUAAAGCACAUAGGAAGGUGCUCAGUCAAUAUUUAAUUAGUUUAAUUAAACAGGAGAAAGGAGAAAUCCUACAUUUGAUUGAUUUCAUUAUACUGUGAAUAUAUUUCCAUCAGUGUUGGUAAGAUAUCAAAUGACUAUCAGUUGAUCUCGGUCACCAGUGACUUAUUUGCAUGUUCAAGCCCUAUUCACAAGAGACCAUAAUCACUUUCAUCGUAUAUUUUCCCUCAGGAAAUUUAGGGACCCUGAAGCCCCUAUUUUAUUCUCUUGGAGUAAACUGUUGAGUGUAGUUAUGAAAAUUUUACUUAUGACUUUAAAAAAGUUUAGCUGCUAUUUCAUUGAAAGUGUGAAAUAAAAUGAUGGUCAUGGUUUUUUUCACUUACGGAAGAGUUACAAAUUUUACCAUGUUCAUCUAUUCCACAGAGCAUAUUAUAAACAACAACAACAAAAAAGCCUAACAGCAGUCACAGCCCUGCUGCUGCGUUUAUUCUAAUCAGAGUGAGUGAUUAUAAUCACACGUUGCUAUUUUAACAUAAAUGGGUGCUUUAGAGCAUUAAAGAGGAAGCAGUAGGCCCUGUACUCAAUAUAUUUCUUGCCUCAGAAUGUAAAACAACUUUUAAGUGUCUGUAUUCAUAUUCAUGUGCAUUUCUUAAGACUUAAAUAAAAACUUGUUAUCCCUCAAGCUGCAGGCUUUCUGCAAAAGCUCUAAGAAUAUCUUAGUUACCAUGCUUGGUCAAGUAGAAGAUAGUAUCAAUAAGGUCAGAAUUAGGAAUUGGAUUGCUCUGUGGGUCCUCUGGAAUUGUGCAGAGCAAAGAAAAAUGUUUUUCCUGUCACAAACUGUGUGUCUGAACCCCAGCCAAACAAAUGUGUUCCGUUGGUCAGUUAUAUAAGCAUUAACAAAAAUUUUAAAGCAAGUAAAUCAACGCAUUCACAUGAUCACUUCUUGAAAAUGGUUCAAAGCAUGUUUUCCCGAUGGUGGGGUUGUUGAAAUGACAUGUUUUAAAGUUUUUAAUACUUUAUUACUGUUAUGAAGUGCUUCUUUUAUAUGUUAAGUUUAGGUUGCCGGUACUCAUACUUUUUUAUUUCUGCAGUUGUGUUAUAACGAGUUGUUUGCAUGCCUACUUAACCCAAGUAAAAGGAUGCUGUUUGCUCUGGAAUGUUCAUCUCUUAGACAGGUUUUGGCUCAUUUCCAAUCAUGGUGCAAUAAAGUGUAACAUUCAUUUGUUUUCCAUCAACAGUUUUAUUUUUGUCAUAAUAAAUAAUUACUUUUCCAAUA